AUGGCCGCCAAAUCCAAAGAUACCGUCGUCGCCACCACCGUGGACGGCACGGAAAUCUCUCGCCACGACCUGGAAUCCCUCAUCCGCAAGCCUGGUGUCAAGAGCCAGCCCUGGCUGAACGACGAGAUCGUCAACGGGAUCAUGGCCGCCAUCGUCGGCCGCAAGCUCGAGCAAACGGGCUGGGCCAAAGGCUCGAAGACCGCUCCCGCCUACGCCUACCUGCCAAGCAUGUGGUACAGUAACUACCAAAAGCCUGGCGGCGUCAACAACAUCGCCAGCUGGACUCGCCGCAGAGGCAUCAAGGGCGCCAAGCUCUUGGAAGCCGAGAAGGUCUUCUUCCCUGUCAAUACCGGAGUGCACUGGAUGCUGCUCAUCAUCUCCCCCCAAGCCAGGACCAUCGAGUUCCUGGACAGCUUCAACUUCGGCCUCCACUCCAAGGCCUGGAUGUUCCAGAUUGCCCGGGAGUGGUUGGCAAUGGAGUUGGAGGGCAAGUACGUCGCGGAGGAGUGGACGGAGCUGGCGAGCGAGUCCUGUCCCCAGAGCAACUCGGACGACUGUGGCGCCUUCACCUGCUUCAACGCCCUCGCCGCGGGCAAGGGCCUGGGCUUUGAAGCAGUGGGAGGCGGCCACAUGGCCGACGCGAGGAAGAUGCUCGCCGCCGUUCUGGUGAACGGCGGGUUCAAGGGGGACUUUGAAUUGUGA